AUGGCACCAGGUGAAAGUGCGACUAAGUCCCUGAAGAAAAGAGGCAGAAGAGCUUUACGCGCUUGCGAUGCCUGCAGGAGGCUCAAGUCGAGAUGUAUACCUUCACCUUUGCAAACUGAGAUGCAAUGUCUCCGGUGUGAUUCUUUGAACAUCAGAUGUUCAUUUCAAAAUCUGGUUGAAAACGAACAAGUCUCGACAUCUGCUGCAGAUUCAAUUCUUGAUGAUGCCGAAGAACCGUCACUAGGCGCAGAUUCUGCAGAAUGGACCAAAACAUUGCUGAAAAGCGGAUACACACCAGAGCAUUUUGCAGCGAACUCAAAACUCUUGCACAACAUUGACCGUAACGUUUCGCGGCUGCUAGGUCUCCUGGAAAGAAACUAUGGCAAUGUGAAGCAACAGCAAGGGACGGAAAACAAGACAAAAGCCAUCGAUUCGGUGCUUAUAGAAGCAGUCAAGAUGAUGACUUCUACAAGUGGGCAAACUCUGGUACCAGCAAAUGAAACCCCAGAACCAUAUUUUUCAACAGAGCAACGUCAUUUCACGCCUUACCUCGCGAGCCCUUUCACCAUGGUUUCUCAGCUCGUGUCUCGAGAAAAUCUACCACUUGCCAUAUACAGACUGCACGAACCCUCCGCAUACGAUCAAACGGACGACAUUGUUACCAUGAAACUGGUUACAUUAAAAGAAGCAACUAGCUUAAUGCAAGAUUUCCGUGAACGUUACGGUAAUUGGUGUUCUUUCCCGGAAGAAAUCUCUACAGAAAGGUUGGUGGAAAACAUCAGGGCCAAGAAUGCCUCGCUUCUUCUAAGUGCUGCCUGUGUCAUGGCCUUAAGAUACACGGAUCAACAUCACGAUAUUAAAAUUCGCAUCUACAAAAACCUCCUCUAUAAAUUGAAAUCCGAUUUAGGGCUGGCAAUGAAAUGCGUUCCUCAAACAACAGAGUUUAUUCAAGCGAUUGUCAUUUUAUCCAUCUAUUCAUCUUCUUUUAGCAGUGACAUAAUGUCGGUAGACGGCUGGUACAUCUCCGGGAUAGGCAUUAAACAAUAUCUCACCAAGAAUAUUUCUGAGGCUCUUCUCGCAUUUCGAGACAAAACAUCUGCAAACUUCUCUUUUGGACUUUCAGGUGGCGGUGUUGAUUCCCUGGACUACAACAUUUUCGAGGAGGAUGAGGAAUUUGAAAAGCUGACGUCUUUCCGACUUUGGAAUCAUUUAACCUUAGUACACAUCACGCAUUGCGUAUUUUCUGGGAGAAUGAGUAUUGUUGAUGAAGUAAGGGCUGAUUUAUGUCGGCGAACGUUAGAUCUGCCCAACGCUACGAAUUUUGAUGGAAGAAUGGUUGCCGAGAUAUCCUUGCAAUUCAAACUCUACAAUUUCAUGCAGCAAUGUAGCGUAGACGAUGCUUUCAUGAGGUCAGGAAAUUUAGAUAUCUUUGAGAACAUAAACGAGGAGCUCAAAGAAUGGCUGGCAGAGUGGACUUAUUUAUUUUCACAACCCAUUCAGCCAAAGACUCAGUACGUGGAGUUUGCUUAUCACUACGGGAAUGCAAUUGUGCUUUAUGUUGGUUACCAUAAGCUUUAUGAGAUUAAUAAACCAUACAAGCGCAAUCCGGUUACUGAACCCGGUUAUCAAAAGCCAUUUAGAACGGCCAUUGGCGAAUACAUAAGUCAAAUUUUCCCCGUGCAUGAAGUUUUAUCCUAUAUGCCUUCGGAUAAACAGAUUGAACUUUUGAGACAUUGCCAUCAUUGUGUCAAGACAAUGGUCACCGACAAGUUUGAGAGCUUCAAAUAUUUGUCUGAUCAGGUUUAUUUUUCUUGCGUGCAUAGCUCCCUCAUGUGCAUAAUGACAGCCCACCUCUUGUAUUAUCAAGAAAAAUCUCUCCUACAUGAAAAUGAGCUCGAAAGCAUUUUGAUGAACAUCAGAAACUUUAUUGAAAGGUUGCGCGUUAUCCGUGAAGGUGAACUGAAAAGCUUUUGGGUCGAGGAAGUUGAUCUCAAAGUGCCGAGCGUUGUCCUGCAAUACCACAAUGCGAUACUACAAUGUUUUUCGAGCCACUUUCCAGAGCAUUUAACGUCGAACUUGAAAUGA